UUGUAAAUGUAGCCGGCACCAGACCAACCCCCUCCUCAACAUCACAGAUGUUAGAGUCAACAUCCCAAGGAGACAACUUCAAGAAUUUUAAAGAUGUUUUUAAGCUACGAAAUUCUGAAUGUCCUCUUCAAGGCUGGGAGGAUGGAAAGAGAGCUACAUUGAUUCAAAAAGAGAAGGCUAUUGCUGCAGCAUUUCGAGGUGGCAAACUCUACCUUACUAAAAGCUACCUUUGCUUCUGGCGCUCCAGAGUCUUCUCCCAAAAAAAUAUAACAAUUCCUCUAUGUGAUGUCACCAAAUUGGAAAAGAUGAAGCCUUUCAGCUUUCUCCCUGGGUCAGGGAUGUCGAUUGAGAUUCAUGUUUCUUCGGUUGAAAAGCCAUACGUAUUUGGUGCCAUCAUAAACCGAGAUGAGGUGUUUAAUCAGAUUUUACAAGUGGCACAAGCGGCGCAGUUAGCGUGGGCCAAAGAGGGCGGAUCUGAGGAGGAGCAUGCUCCAAGUGAUGAUGAUGCGGAUAUUAGUGAUUAAGGUUAGAAGAGAUGUUAGCAGUUGUAUAUUAGAUAAAUUGUCAGUUACUGAUGAAGUGGAGAUGAAUAUUUUGCAAUAUUUAUAAGUUAAUUAAGUUAAUAAAAUAAUACGUAAAAUUAUCAGGAUGUAAAGCCCAAGACUGAUAAAAAUCAAAUAUAAUCUCUACCACUAAGGAUCACUUACCACAGCUGUAUAAUGGUGCCAUAAUUAGCCUAGAUAAGGAACCGAGAAGGAGCAAAGUGGGAGAAUAUUGCUUUUAUUUUUGUUGUUUAUGUUAUUUGUCAAUUCAUUGCAACCAUAAUAAUUAGUGAAUGAAUCUGAUUGCGGUUAAUUAUGGCAGAAUGCAAAUGAUGAUAAGAAGACUGAGCGGGAUUGCUCAGACAACAAGAGCACCCGUCCUGAUACUCCAUUGAUCAUUAUUAUCACCACCAAUACCACCACCACCAAUAUGAUAAAAUGUUUGCAAAAAAUUUGUGAACAUCAAAUUCAAUAAAUAUUGAAAUUAUAUAGAGACUAUAAAUUCUGUUUCUCUACUUUCUAAUUUAUUUACAUAUCUUUUAUUACACAAACCCCCAUAUUUUCCAACUUUAUUAUACACUGUUUUAAACUCAAUAUCUUUCUUAAUUAUUAGUUAGUUGUGAACAAUUAAUUAAUAUUUUGCCCAAUGAAAUAUUUUUACUUAAAAUGUAUAAAGUAGUUGUUGUAAGAUGAAGAUUUGUGAAUACUUGAAUGCAAAUAUAUAAGCAGUGAUUUUUGUAUAAAAAAUAUUUUUUAAAAGUGCAUUAAUAGUUAAUUGAAAGUAGAUUUUAUUUAGCAUGAAAUGGUGAAUUUUUUAAAUCAACCCUGAACUUGUUUCACAAAUAUAUAGUUAGCUAUUUAGUAGUUUUCAUUAACCAGAUCUAUAUUUGAUAUUUAUAAAUGUGAUUAUAAAAUAAUGUAAUCUAUAUUGGUGAACAUUUAUCUGAUAGCUUACUAGUAUUUGUGCUAAGAAAAUCAAAUUUCAUUUCAAUACAUGUUGUAUAACAUGUUAAACAUAUUUACAUACUGAUAGUUGUAGAAUCAUAUACUUAAUAAAUAUUACCUAGUAAUUUAUUAUUAUCUUUCCCUCAGUUUUUUUUUUGCUGUCUUGUUUGCCAAUGCAUCCUUUUCAUAUAGAUCUACAUAUAUUUCAUUAGGCACACAGUAUAAAGCCAUAAAACCAACGAACAGCGAUAUCCGCAGUAACCAGAGAUGUAGUAAUCAAAAAUUGAAAUGAUGUAAGAACAUUUCUCUUAUUAACUGGUGCAGCUUGAUUACACAGUAUA